UCCAAAAAAUUAAUGAGGUGACGUGAGGGGAUCUAGUGACUCCUCGACCGAAGUUCAUAGUUGAAACACCACCACCAACUCAACACUCCAGCUUGGUGUCUCGUGUGGUACAGACGCCAGAAGCCCUCUCGUCCGUCCGUUCACAUUCAUUUUGUUUCGGUUACAUUUUUUUGGGUUUUAGUUUUUUGCAUUAUACCCGCAAUCCCACCACUAAACAGCCAUGGACGCCAUCAAGAAGAAGAUGCAGAUGUUGAAGCUCGACAAGGAGAAUGGCAUGGACAGAGCUGAGCAGGCCGAGGGGGACAAGAAAGCAGCCGAGGACAGGAGCAAACAGCUGGACGAUGACCUGCUGGCCCUACAGAAGAAGCUGAAGUCCACCGAGGAUGAGCUGGACAAGUACUCUGAGGCCCUCAAGGACGCCCAGGAGAAACUGGAGCUGGCCGAGACGAAAGCCGCAGACGCUGAGAGUGAUGUGGCCUCCCUGAACAGACGUAUCCAGCUGGUUGAGGAGGAGUUGGACCGCGCCCAGGAGCGUCUGGCCACCGCCCUCACCAAGCUGGAGGAGGCAGAGAAGGCUGCUGAUGAGAGUGAGAGAGGCAUGAAGGUGAUUGAGAACAGGGCUAUGAAGGACGAGGAGAAGAUGGAGCUGCAGGAGAUCCAGCUGAAGGAAGCCAAACACAUCGCUGAGGAGGCCGACCGCAAGUAUGAGGAGGUGGCCCGUAAACUGGUGAUCAUUGAGAGUGAUCUGGAACGUACAGAGGAACGUGCUGAGAUGUCUGAAGGAAAGUGCUCUGAGCUGGAGGAGGAGCUGAAGACCGUUACUAACAACCUGAAGUCCCUGGAGGCUCAGGCGGAGAAGUACUCACAGAAGGAGGACAAGUAUGAGGAGGAGAUCAAGGUCCUGACAGACAAGCUGAAGGAGGCUGAGACCAGAGCUGAGUUUGCUGAGAGAUCCGUGGCCAAGCUUGAGAAGACCAUCGACGACCUUGAGGAUCAUCUACACAAGCAGCUUGAGAAGAACCGUAUGCUGACAAAUGAACUGCGAUUAGCCUUAAAUGAUCCGUAAGAUCUAUAGCGAUUCCCCUUUUCUUCUUUUUUCAUCUGAAGCAUGAAAGCCGCUUUACACCUUUUUGUAAUGCUACAUUUAUGUUAUUUGGCGUUUAAGAAUACUAUAUUCAUCUUUUGUGUUGACCUCAAACUCUCUUAUAAUAUCAUGGGGGGAGGAUUUUGGGGGUUUCAUGCUGUUGCUGCAAUGUAAUGGGAUUUGGGGCAGAUAACCACAUUUCCAGUGUGGCUUGGAUAGAGUAACGGCUGUUUAAACCUUGUGGCAGCGAUUCCAGCUGAUUGUUUUAAAAAAACAGAUGCUGAUGGUUACCUGCUUUAAAGGUAUAAUAUGUUAUUUCUGCCGCUAGUGGUCUCCCAAUCACGACAACAACAAAAUAAGUACUUUGAUGCUGUCCUGAAUUAGCGUGGGAAAAUGGGAGCUGUUGUCUUCACCAUCAUUGGCUGUCAAAAAUCUAUCUGACGUUUACGUGUGACUUUUAGUCACAUAAUGUCGUUUCUUUCUAAUUAGAUUCCUAUAAGUAACAUAAUGUUAACUUGUUCACUUACAAUUAGAUGAGCUUACCCCGCUUUAAAUAAUGGAAUGUGGUCAAUUUUACCACAUAUAUAUUUUUUCUAUUUGUUGUGCACAACUCUACAAUGAAAUAAGAUUCAAGCCAUUUCAAAUAGUAAAACAAUUUUCAAAAGUUAAAACACUAUCAAAAAUAAAAAAAUUGUGGUCAACUACAAUCCAAAAGUUUCUUUGUUUGAAACCCAAAUUGUCUGUACCUUUACAUGUAACUGAAAAUUCUGAUAAAUGUCGCUAUGGAUCAAAGCCCCCAUGCUAAAUGACUAAGUGGUAAAUACUAACUCAUACUCCAGCACUGACUUAAUAUGAGUAGGCUUAUGUAUGCCUAGAUACUUUUUUCCCCAAGUAUAACUACAUAUCCAAAGACGUUCAAUAUGCCCUUAACUGUAUCUUUUGUGUGUAUAAUCUCCUUACUGCACAAUUAACAAACCCACAGCACAACAAAACUAUUAAACUGUUGGUGGUACUAACUGAGGCCUUUUUAUUUCCACUUUGGAUCAUUCCUGUGUAUCUAUCUGCGUAGUUGUGUUCCUAAUCUCACCAAUGUGAUUAUUCCUGUAUGCAAUCACUGUUCCUUAUCUCACUUAUGUGUCUGAGAUCUUUGCCACUUUGCUGCAUCCAAAGGUAAACUAUCACGCAUGACUGAAGUGAACUGCAGCUAAAACAGAUGGUGGGUCAAAUGACCUGACAUUCCCAACUCCCAGAGACUGUCCAUAACUGAUCAAUGGUUUGGAUGCUAUACUGAACAGUUAGCCAUGUUAUAUGCAAUAUAGGCCAUAUGACGUUUCCAUCAUAAUACACAAGUGUGCUCUUAAAGGCUGCGCCAUUUAUCAUGAGGUUAAUUAAUUUUGUUUAAGCGUCGAUGGGUGCCUUUCAAUUCACUCAGUUUAUAAUCGAUAACUGCAGAAUUUGCACGCUUUUAAUAUCACCUCAUCGUACUGCGUGUUAUGACUUUAGCAUGUCGAAUGGUGAAGAACCUGUAGCGUAUGACGUUGUUGUUCAUACCUGUACAUGCUGCACUGAUCACUGCCGGUCAGUUUAAUUGUGUUUUUAAUUUAAAUCUUUUUUCUUUUUUUCCUUCCAAUGUAUUUUAUCUGGGGAAUGUAAUAAAACAGUGCAAUGUUAUAUUU